AUGACUAUAUAUUCGUUUUGGAUCUUUGACAAGCAUUGCAAUUGUAUUUUUGAUAAGGAGUGGACCAUUCCCUCACAGCCUCGCAGUGGGACAACGAAUUCCAAACAGAACGAGAACGUUGCAAAAUUAUUAUAUGGGUUGAUAUUCUCUUUGAGAUCAAUUACCGACAAGAUAUCGUCAGACCCGGUAGAUUUCCUUUCUCAGAAGAACAGGAUCAGGUCCAUUACAACGGGGAAAUGUAGAGUGCACCUUUUUGAAACUGCUACCGGAUUUUGGUUCGCUCUAAUGACGGAUUUCAAACAAGAUGAUUACUACGAUAUUUUAAACCACAUUUACAAGAACAUAUUCGUAAGGUUCAUAAGUUUGAAUUAUAUUUCACCAUCGGAUUUCGUCGAAAAUGAAGAUGAGAAAGGUGGUCAAGGUAUUAGGAAGAUAAAUAACAAGAAUUUUAUCAAUAAUUUAGAAUUAUUUUUAAGUCCGUUGAUUAGUUAG